GACCCCCUCGAUGAGCAGAGCCGGCGACCCCCGGGUUGCGGCCCACGGUGACACUGAUCAGCAAGAGAUGACGCCAAGUAAGAGGAGUCCGGUUCUUGUGGAUGGGGUUGUACUGAACGGCCCCCAGACAGAUGUAAAAGCAGGGGAGAAAUUUGUCGAAGAGGCCUGUAGGCUGAUAAUGGAAGAGGUGGUUCUGAAAGCUACGGACAUCAAUGAGAAGGUGUGUGAGUGGCAGCCCCCCGAACAGCUGAGGCAACUCCUGGACUUGGAGAUGAGGGACACGGGAGAGCCACACGACCAGCUGCUGAGACUCUGCCGGGAUGUCAUUCGCUUCAGCGUCAAAACCAAUCACCCGAGAUUUUUCAAUCAGUUGUAUGCGGGACUUGAUUACUACUCUUUGGUGGCCCGGUUUCUAACAGAAGCAUUAAAUCCCAGCACUUACACCUAUGAGGUCUCUCCGGUGUUUCUGCUAGCGGAGGAAGAGGUUCUGAAGAAGAUGAUGGAAUGUGUUGGCUGGAAAGAAGGGGAUGGAAUAUUUAACCCAGGUGGCUCAGUGUCCAAUAUGUAUGCAAUGAAUUUAGCUAGAUAUAAAUACUGCCCAGAUAUUAAGGAGAAGGGUCUGUCUGGCUUGCCAAGAUUAAUCCUUUUCACAUCGACAGAGUGCCACUAUUCUAUGAAGAAGGCGGCCUCCUUCCUUGGGAUUGGCACUGAGAACGUGCGCUUUGUGGAAACAGACGGAAGAGGUAAGAUGAUACCCGAAGAGCUGGAGAAGCAAAUCCAGCAAGCAAAACAAGAGGGGACAGCGCCAUUUCUUGUCUGUGCCACCUCUGGUACCACUGUGCUGGGCGCCUUCGACCCUCUGGAUGAAAUAGCAGACAUCUGUGAGAGGCAUGGUCUCUGGCUCCACGUGGACGCUUCUUGGGGAGGCUCAGCGUUAGUGUCAAGAAAGCACCGCAGGCUGCUUCGUGGCAUCCAUAGGGCUGACUCGGUGGCUUGGAAUCCACACAAGAUGCUCAUGGCUGGGAUCCAGUGCUGUGCUCUGCUAGUGAGAGACAACUCUGACCUUCUUAAGAAAUGCUAUUCGGCCAAGGCAUCCUACCUCUUCCAGCAGGAUAAAUUCUAUGACGUCAGUUACGACACGGGGGAUAAGUCUAUCCAGUGUAGCAGGAGACCCGAUGCAUUCAAGUUCUGGAUGACCUGGAAGGCCCUGGGCAUGUUAGGCCUUGAAGAGAGAGUUAAUCGUGCUCUUGCCCUAUCUAGGUACCUGGUAGAGGAAAUCAAGAAAAGAGAAGGAUUCAAGUUGCUCAUGGAACCUGAAUAUGCCAAUAUUUGCUUUUGGUACAUUCCACCGAGCCUCAGAGAAAUGGAAGAAGGACCAGAGUUCUGGGAAAAACUGAGUUUGGUGGCCCCAGCUAUUAAGGAGAGGAUGAUGAAGAAAGGAAGCCUCAUGCUGAGCUAUCAACCUCACCGGGGGAAAGUUAACUUCUUCCGCCAGGUGGUGAUCAGCCCUCAAGUGAGCCGGGAGGACAUGGACUUCCUGCUGGAUGAGAUAGACAACCUCGGUAGAGACAUGUAGCCAUGGCUUUCAGCCUCCCCCGAGGCGACUCUCCUGAUCUGGGGAGGGAUACAGACCCAGGGUAUCUAGAGAUACGCUGAGUAGAUUGCAGCCCUUCUGAGGAGAGUUAGGAAAGACUCACUCCCUAUGCAGAACACAAAAUGCUAAUAGUCAUAAAGGCUUGUUUGUUGCCUGGCUGUUGUUGUGGCUAGAAAGGAAAAAAAGAAAUUGAGGGAUACGUGUCACA